AUGGCGACUCCGAGCAGCAGCAAGGUCGCCGUCGAGGGCAAGGGCGGCCUCAAGAUGAAGAUCAUCGGCGAGGGCCGCACCGUGCCGGGCCCCAUCGCCGCAGACCCGGACCAUCCUGCGCUGUGCUAUCAGUGCUGCAAGCGGGUCCCCCUCUCGAUGCUGGUCCGCGAUCGCACGAGAGCCUGCGGCGAGAAGGAGUGCGCUCGCGCGCGGGAGGCGAGACUGGAGUUCAUUCCCAUGCCCAGCAACGCAGUCAACCCCUGCGACGAGUUCCAGACCAAGCUGGACUGGUGGAUCGACAUGAUGGACUCCAACGUGGACCGGGACUUUGCUCGCCGGGGACGCGGCGUCGUUGAGUUUGUGCGCGAGAAAAUCCCCGUGCCGCCCCAGACGCGCCCGGCGCGGCGGGCGCGGUGA